AUGUAUGAUAGUAAGAUAUUUAAGAAACUCCUCUAUAAGAACGCUGGAGUAAUAAUGCUUGGAACAUUUGUAUCAAAUAAUAUCAUCACAUUGAGAUGGGUGAAUGAAGAUUCAAUGGCGCCGAUACUAUGCCCGUCACCUAAUUUUAGAGUCUUGGUACUCAGAGCUACAAAAUAUCACAAAAAUGAUGUUAUCAUGUAUAAUAACCCAAACACAGGGAAGGAAUCUUAUGGAAGAUUAACAUCAUUUAACACAUCGCAACAAAUUGCAUCAAUGGCAAACAAUAUUCCAUCAGGACACUGCUGGGUAGAAAACGAUAAUCCAAGGUCUGAUUCAGAUGAUAGUAAUAAGUUUGGACCUGUGAGUUUUUCUAUUCAUUUUGUUCUUAAUCACAUAAAUAUUUAA